AUGCAAUCUCCCAUUAACUCAGCCGUUCACGCAGCAUUAACUCAGGAUUUUCAUGACGCCACCCCUUUGGCCGAUCACUGCUCAAGUGGGAGGAUUGGCCCCAAUCAAUGCUGUGAUUCUAAGGAAAAUUCGGUUGGUGCAGAUGGGGUUACCUAUGACCAACAUGGGCCCAACGUAACUGGUGAACAACACGGGGGCUUCACGGGGGACAUGUCUCCCGAGGAUCCUUUCGGGCUUAGCCCAAUUAUCCGACAAAUUACAAAGGAAGCAAAACUGAAAACAAAGCAGGCCCAUGCAGGAAGGAGUAUAUCCAGGGCUCAUAGCAACAUGCAGAAUACCUCCAGGGCUCAUAGCAACACGCAGGAUCAUCAUGAGAGUAGGAUUAUAGGAACUCUUAAUAAUAACGGCAAGAGAUGUGCUAACUUGACAGACAGUACUGCGAACACACAAGGGCAGAAGAGGUGA